AUUUUUCUCGCAUUAUUUAGAGACCACGGUAGGCCUUUGUGCACAUUGGUCUCCGGGUACCCGUGAGACAUUGUAUGCGCUUUGUUUUUAUUCUGUGGGAGAGGCCAGGGCCUUCUUUAGGCCCAGGCCUUUAGUGAGAGGCCGUAACCAUCAGAGGGGGGCUAAGCUAGCUAUUUAGCCCGCUCGAAACAGGAAUUUGUACGUUGCUUUGAUUGCAAUUCAAUUAAAUAUUUGCGUUGAAACGGUGUAAUGCACAGCGCAAUGGUUUAUGUCUUGAAAACGGGUAUUGUUUCCACCGUUCUCUAAUUACAUGCUGCUGUUGGCUAUUGCUAAAAAAUGGCGCACGGACCACGGCAGUGUCGGACAUUAGUCGUGCAAAAGGCGUCCCUGCACCCGUGCUAACAUACACAGUAUAUGGUCACAUCAGGGCCCUCCGGAGACAAAUGCAGUGCGAGGACAAUGGAUGAGGAUGACGCCCGGCUCGCAAUACACACUCAGGAGCCCAAAAUAAUCCUGCACGGAUCGGAUGAGGGUUGCGCCGGUGGGCAGGAGUUUGUCGUGGAGCUUCAAGAGACGGUGCUGGUGUCGGAGGGCGAGGGCGAGGGCAUGGCGGUGCAUCGCUUCGCCUCCGAGGAGCUGGUGAUCCAGGACGCGGUGGAGGACGUCGUGUCCGACUACGUGCACUGCGAGGAGGACGAGGACGUCGCCGUGGAGACGUGCGUGAUGGCCCUGGAGGGCGAGGAGGAGGACGAGGACGAGGAGGGCGUUGCCAUGGAGGACGGCCUGGACCACGAGCAGCAGGAGGACGACCCGGACGGAUGCGGGGACUACCUGAUGAUAUCGUUGGACGAGGCCGGCAAGAUGGUGUCUGAUGAUGGGACCGAGGUGACAGUGGAGGGGGCGGUGGAGGACCAGGAGGUGGAGAAGGAUGAGGACGGCCAGGAGGUCAUCAAGGUCUACAUCUUCAAGGCAGACUCUGGGGAGGACGACAUGGGAGAAUCUGUUGACAUCAGCGAUGGCGACACAGAGAGCAUGGCCCUAACGGGGAACCAGCCAAUCAGAGAGAAGAUGGUCUAUAUGUCCGUGGGUGACUCCCACCACCAUGGAAACCAUAGCGCAGAGGAGAGCGAGAGCUGUGAGAACCGGAACGGAGCUGCCAGCGCGCUGCUCCACAUUGACGAGUCGGACGGCGUGGACGACCUGAACCGCCAGCGCAGCAAGAACAGGCGGCGGUCAGAGCCCCGCCAGGUGCAGACAGCCAUCAUCAUUGGGCCCUACGGCCAGCCCCUCACCGUCUACCCCUGCAUGCUGUGCGGCAAGAAGUUCAAGUCGCGGGGGUUCCUGAAGCGCCACACCAAGAACCACCACCAGGAGGUGCUCACCCGCAAGAAGUACCAGUGCACCGACUGCGAGUUCACCACCAACAAGAAGGUGAGCCUCCACAACCACAUGGAGGUGCACACGCUGAGCAGCAAGGCGGCGUUCGAGUGCGAGGCGUGCGGCAAGGAGUUCCACCAGCAGGCGGCGUUGUUCUCCCACCGGCUGCAGCACCACCACCGCGAGCCCAAGGGCCAGCCGGCCUCGCCGCCUCCCGCCAACAAGAUGCACAAGUGCAAGUUCUGUGACUAUGAGACGGCGGAGCAGGGCCUGCUCAACCGCCACCUGCUGGCGGUGCACAGCAAGAGCUUCCCGCACAUCUGCGUGGAGUGUGGCAAGGGCUUCCGCCACCCGUCGGAGCUCAAGAAGCACAUGCGCACGCACACGGGCGAGAAGCCGUACUCGUGUCUGUACUGCGACUACAAGUCGGCGGACUCGUCGAACCUGAAGACCCACAUCAAGACCAAGCACAGCAAGGAGAUGCCCUACAAGUGCGAGCGCUGCUUCCAGACCUUCGCCGAGGAGGAGGAGCUGCUGCAGCACGCGCUCACGCACGAGGAGAACAAGACGCACCACUGCGACCACUGCGACCACAAGAGCUCCAACUCCAGCGACCUGAAGCGCCACAUCAUCUCAGUGCACACCAAAGACUAUCCCCACAAGUGCGCCGUGUGCGGCAAGGGCUUCCACCGGCCGUCGGAGCUGAAGAAGCACUCGCUGUCGCACCGCACGAAGAAGCUGCACCAGUGCCGCCACUGCAACUUCAAGAUCGCCGACCCCUUCGUGCUCAGCCGCCACAUCCUGUCGGUGCACACCAAGGAGCAGCAGCAGCAGCAGCAGCAGCAGCAGUCGUCGCCGGAAAAGGCGGAGGUCAAGAGGACGGUGGAGGCCCCCCAGUCCCCCCCACCGCCGCCUAAGAAGGCGGCCGCCGGCGGGGCGGGCGGGGUCGUGCCUCCGUCGACGCCGCCCGCCCGGGUGAGCGCGGCCAGCCUGGCCAGCAGUGUGACCGUGGUGAUGGGGAAGGGGCAGAAGGAGUGCAGGAUCUACCAGUGCCAGUACUGUGACUAUAGCACGGGCGACGCGUCGGGCUUCAAGCGCCACGUCAUCUCCAUCCACACCAAGGACUACCCGCACCGCUGCCACAUCUGCUCCAAGGGCUUCCGCCGGCCCUCGGAGAAGAACCAGCACAUCCUGCGGCACCACAAGGACGUGGUGCAGGAGUGAUAGACGCAGUCGGGGUACGCCAGUAAAGGCCCCGCCCCCUCGUAGCCCGGGAGCAGCCCCCCCUUCAGACUCCUCCAGGAUCAGCGACCCCCUCUGGCGCUCGGUGGGGCGCUGCACUUAGUCCGUUCGUUGUUGUUGUUUUCCUGCUCCUCCUAAACCAGCCUUCCGUCAGACAAUUGGUCGUCAGAAACGUGUGAACGUGUACAUACCGUUGGGCUCUCGUCUGACAGAACAGGCCGGGGGGUGGGGGGGGGGGGGUGGUCCGUGUGAGGCUUGCACUUCGGACUGCAUGUCUGUCGGUGUGCAUGACACAUGCAAGGUGCGGAGAACCUCAUUUUGUAGAUACGCCCUGUUUUUUAGGUUGUUUUACAGGUAACAUACUGCUCUAAACCACACUGGUCCGGAUUAUUUCUGCCGUCAUAAAACACACAACAUGUUACACAAGGAAACAUUAGCAUUUUCACACGAGACGUCAUGUUUAUGGUUGUGAAAAAUCUUUUCAAAAGCACUUGCCAAUUUUUAUUUUGUAAUACGAUGAUGGAUGCAGUAAUGAUUUGGUUGUUUCUUUGUGCUUCCAUCGGCUUCCAACUAAUUGUCUAACGUUGUUCUUCCCACGUCUCGCAAAAAUAUAUAAAAGGCGCAGAUCGUACAAAAAUGAAUUAUAUACUAGUUAACCUUCAGGCAUCUUGUUUUAGGAUUGACUUGGUGAUAUGAAAUACUGAAACUGUCACAAUAGAAAAUCAACCAGUCCAUGCCCAGCUAAAGGACUUGUGUAGUCCUCAAUAUAUUCAAUCAUUACACUAAUAUCCCCAUUCUCAGCCUCGUACGUCGGAGAACAGCCCGUCGUGUUUAAAUUACGCCAUAACCGGUGGUGUUAGGGGAUUAACGUCAAAUUAAAAAAGUUUCCUUUUUGUUUUUGAUGUUUAUACUGCAAUAAAAUGAGUGGGUGAUACGAUCAGCGCUGUCUGUCUGUGGGAGCUGACAUUGUCACGACCCACCACAUCCGUGAGGAUUUCUUUCUGUCGGGCCUUAAUAGGGUUAGAUAACGGUAAACAUGGUGCAACGUUUUUAUUAAAGAGACAAACGGAACUCAUGUCCGAGUGGUUGACGAUGAAGUCAUUGUCGAUGGAAAGGGAACUGUGUUGUUAGGCUCAGCGCCAGGGUCUGAUGGUGUAUCUCUGUACUAUGGCUUUUACUUUUUAUUUCACCUGUGACUUUUUUUGUUUUUAUAUUUAUUUCAUCAUUUACAAUGUGUUGUAUAGUUACAUGUAACUAGACUUCUAUGGGACGUAAAUUAUUGUUUUGUACACAACUCUGUAAAAAGUGUGUAGAUGUAAAACACUUUACAGAAACAAAAUCAAAACUGUGUUGUUAUCGAUGUACUUCAAUGUAUUUGUUAAGAAAAAAGGUAAUAAAAGCCAAGUAUUUUA